UUGAUGCGCUCGCAAUCAGAUGCUGUGCUGCGUCCCGAAGAGACUCGCGGACGGGGGCCCGUUCUACGACGAGGCCCCGUUCCACGACGGGAUCCUAUUUCACGACGGGGCCGAUAACAGUCCACCGUCAUCCGUUCGCGAGAUUCGAAUCGAGCUGUUUCCCGAGGAAGAUGCGCCGCCGCCGAUCUUGCUGCCGUGCGCGAUUUGCGCGCGGACCUUCAUGCCGCAGUCGUUGGAGAAGCACGCGAGGAUAUGCCAGCGCGCCGCCGUCAAGAAGCGCAAGCCCUUCGACUCGGCCAAGCAGAGGAUCCAGGGCACCGAGCUGGCUGAAUUCCAGCCCAAGCAGGAGGUCCGGCGGCAUCACCAGGACGAGAGGACGAUCAGGUCCACCUGGAAGAAGACCCACGACGACUUUCUGCAGACGAUCCGCGAGGCGCGCGGCGAAGUCAUGGACUCGCACAAGCAAAGCAAUUCGCUGACCUUGUCGGGCGCACCGACACGCGCCAACGAGAAGGGCACGUGUCCUACGUGCAACCGGCAAUUCGGUAUCAAGGCCUAUGAUCGUCAUGUGGCUUGGUGCAAAGACAGAGUCACCCGGAUGCCGGUGAGCCCGGCGACCAAUCUGGCGAAGGAGCGAUUAGAGGCGCGUAUGAGUUACAGGGCACCAGCCCUGAAGAAUCGGCGAGCCAUCAAUCGUGAGAAGUACAGUCCGGGCUCGGCGGCGAACCAGGCUGCCAAGACUUCAUUGUCAGCGCCGGUGCUCCAAAUUAAACCAAAGGAGAGUAUCUCGAGCGUUAUUUGCAAUCGAGAGAGUCAAGCAGAAUCUGUCAAGCAGAAACCUGCUAUUGCGAGACGUCCUGGACAAUUGAAGGACUCCCCUACCUCAUCCGGUCCUAUGAAAUCACGCCUUGCCGAUCGUAUGAAUAGGCCAACGGAAGAUCACGAUUCCCUACCGACAUCAACGUCCUGCCGAUCCUUCCAUCCUGCGAUAUCAUCCCGUCAUUCUCUCCAUCUUACGUUUCCCGCACCUCCUGCGAGACCAAGGAUCAACGAUCCGGUCUCCUCCAACGAAAUCACAUCGCCAGUCGCCUCGGUCAGAAAACAACUUGACCGAAGCGAAACGAUCUCUCAACGUAUUCAAAACGAUGAGGCGAGAAAUCGCGAAACCUGUUCCGCUAGAAUGCAGAAAAACAUCGUUUCCGCUAGAAGUCAGGGUCACCCGAGAGUCAACGAUGUCGCCGUGAACGAUAAGACUCUAGGAAUAACUGUGCAGCCUUAUAGGAUACACACGAAUGCGCAAAAGAACGAUCAGUUGGUGACGUGGAAGCAAAUUAGUCGUAAGAAGGAUAAUCUUCAGACUGUUACUCAUCAUAAUUUCCAGCCACUCGAUCUCGAGCGGCUAUAUGAUCGAGAGGAAGGAAAUGAAAAUAGAAAUAGGACAGAAGAAGAUUUAUCGAUUGCAGAAAAGAAUUUUAUUCGAACCGACGACAAGGACGGCGAGAUUGAUAAAAUGAACGAUGACGUCACAUGGCUAGACGGUAUCCAGAAUCUGAAUCAGACAUAUUUGAUAAAAGACUCGGAGGAUAUUGAACCACCGGAGAUUUUUCACAACAAAUGGAAGCCGAUCAAGCACAGUCCUCGUGUGGAGUUUUAUUUGAGAGAUAAGGAAGACGAAAUCUGCGAAUUCGAUCAAAAGAAAUCGAAAAGGGAAACCGUAGCGAACGACUUGAAAGAUAGGGAAGAUAAAAUCUGUGAGUUUGAUCAAAAGCAAUCGAAAAGGGAAAUCGUAGCGAACGACAAAGAAAUUAGAAGUGCACAAGUGAAAGAGUUAAAAAUGUGCGUUAAAGAUGAAGAAGACGAUGAGACUAUGGUAGGCUGUAAAAUAAAAGAAUUGAAAAAUGAUAAAAAUGUAGAAGAUAUUCAGAAAAUCAGUAGUGAAGAGAUUGAAGCGAUAUCGUACGAAACAGAAGAACUUAAUAUAAGUAGUGAAAAGGAAAAUAAUCGAGGAGCGAGCUAUGAAGAGACUAAAGUAGAAUGUAACAUUGAAAAAAUAAAAACAAAUAUUGAAGAUACAAAACAAACUGUAAAAAUAAAUGGUGUAGGUGAUGCAGAUUUAAAUAAAUUAAAUGUUUAUAAAGAAGAUGAGAAAGAUCAACAAGUGCCAAUGGAUAAGAGAAUUAUUGAAAGUACGAAAUAUAUCGAAGAAACUGAGCAAAAUUUAUCCGAAUCUAAAUUAAUUAAAUCUUCUUUAUUUGACGAAGUGCCUCCAACUGCAUCAAAUUUAUCGAAAAAAAAGAAUUUUAUUGAUCAGAGUCAAGAUAUUAUAGAUAUUACGAAUUGUAAGGACGAAAUGUCACAAUGCGAAAGUAAUAUAUGUUGCAAUAAUUCACUUGAAUUGAAAGGAAAUACAGGAACUUUUAUAUGCGAUCAACCUAACAUAAAUAAGAUAAUACCUUUAAACAAUAGCAAUAAUCAAGCUGAUUGUAAUUCGAGUCCUGAGAACGAAAUGCUUGCGUGUCAAAGCAAUAGCUGUUCAUUAGAUCUAAUAGAAAACAUUAAAGAAAUAUCAUUUCCUGCAUCCUGUCGGAUUGCUAGCCCAGAAAAAAAUCGUGCGAAAGAUGCUGAAAAAAUUGAAAUAGAUGAUGGAAGAUACGAGAAUGGUUUAAUCCGUAAUAAAAAGCCUAAGAGAAAUUUGACGAGAUUAAACGUCGAAGUAUAUUCGCUUCCACAAAAUUCGGAAAUUGCUGUUGGUAAUUACUUAACCGCACCUACAAAUAACACAUCUUUGCAUGUGAAAAAUAGCAGGCAAGAAAAAGACUUCAGUUCUGAUAACUUUGAAAAUAUCGUGAACAACACGAAAGAUGGAAAAACAGACUUCAACGUGGACUCAGACAACAGCUGUUCGAACGAUAAAUCACGGCUCCUCGGCCGUUCAAUCAUUAAAACGGAAGUUACGACAGGUGAAGGUUUGCGCAAGAAGAAUGUAGACAGUGAAUUCGAUUACGGUAGCGAUAAUAAUACCGCGCGUGUCGGGGAACGUAACGGGCUAGACGCUAAUGGUUUAGGGUCAUCAGUCACGUCGACGAACGACUACGCGAAGGUGCCACGGCGAUGCGGUAACGAAAUCUUCCCGAACGCGAGCGUGAAUUUUCCAAGACGCGCUUGCGGCGCGACUAGGAGAGCCGCGCGCGAGCGGCCGGUCGAUUCCGUCGAGAUGAAGCAAAGAAUCAGGGAAAGUAUGAAUCUUCUUCGCGGCAGCACCGAUUCCCUGAUAUCCUCGAUCGAAUUCGUGGAGCUCGCGAGCGUCAGACGGCCCGAGGCGAAUUGCGCUUACGAACGAGAGACCAUAGAGAUAAUCAGACCGAACAGUCUCAGACGGAGCAAAGUGUUCAGGGAUUUACCUGACAUAAAGAGCGACGCGGCGGAGACGAGGGAAGAUUCCGAGAGAUCGUACUGGGAGAGGACCUCCAAGAUGUCGCGGAGCAGACUGACCGAUCUCUGUCCUGCGUAUCACGCGGAAUAUAGGCUUGCUAAGAGAAAUCCUAGGGUCCGUAUCCUCCCUCCCGUCCCGAAUCCACCUUUAAUCAAUCAAAGGAAAAUUGAAUUGGAGACACGUCCCGCAUGGUGCAAUUAUGUACGCAGAAGGCCGGACUUUAAUCUCGUGCUUAAGGCUAGAACCGGCACACACAAGGAUUACGAUCCCUUCCUGCUGGCCGAGCAGCAGAUGAACGACCUACUGUCGGACACGAGCGAUCAGUCUAUGACGGGGAAUCCCAAAGUCCAACAAACUCGUGAUACCCUUUAUCCUCUCUCGCACUCCUCCGCCUUUGUAAAAUAUCCUCCCUCCGACAGGAGGUCGUCCCUCAUAGCGCCGCCCACUGAGUUCGACGAUCUCUUGUCCAACUUCUCGAGCGACUCCACCGAGACCAACUCGAUCUCGCGCGAGGUCUUCCUUAAGCCCGAUCUCGCGGGCAAAAACACGACAGACUCCGCGAGCUCAAAACCCGUCAGGGAAUUGGGCAGACGAGUCAUUAUCGACAAAUCGAAGGCACUGGGCGUCGACGAGCGUCGCGGCGGGGUUGUUAGCGCCGACAGACCGUACAAGAUCUUCGACAAAGAUACGGUGAAAAAUACGAGACCGUUAACAAACCGAUCUGGCUCGAUGCGAGCCUCGUCCGCGCCCAGGAUCAAUUCGGCCACCGACAGGAAGACCUGGGGCGACAUGAGGAAGGUUCAAGGUUCCAGGCUCGUCGAGGGUCAGAGGUCGUCGGAUCAGAAUCUCAAUCAGAGAAACAAUAAUUAUUCAUCCCUGUCCGGCAGCAACCUCAGUCUUAGUUCGAUCAUGUCCUCCUCGGAGCCGGACGUCAAGCGAUCGAACUCGAUGUUCGACGAGCUGAUGACGUCCUUCGAGGAGGACGCGUUCCCCGGACUGAGAUCCUUCCUCAAUAACGAGUCCUUCGACCUGUCCAGCCCCGGCGGCGACGGACGGCGAAACGGCAGUCUGAUCAGCGACGAAGAAUUAUCCUCUCCCGACAGCUACAAGCCGCAGGAUCACAGCAAGCUCAGCAACGACUCCGCCUAUAGCAGUUUAAAUCGCAAAUAUUCGCACCAUGGACGCAGCGCCAACGACGUGAUCGAUCGCCUCGAUGAGGACCCGCCCAGGAAUGAGAGGACGUCGCCGACUCAAACGGCCAUCAAGUGCAAGAUGUCCAAAUUCUGUCACGAGUGCGGUCAGCGAUUUCCAGAAACCGCCAAAUUCUGCUGCGAGUGCGGCGUCAGAAGGCUCACGUUAUGAGACACAACAUCGUUUUCCGAGCGUCGUAUUGUACUUUGAUAUCCGAAAAAACGACGAAGAAAAUAUUAACGAGAAGAUAUUCUCUGGAUGAAAGAGAACACAUUCAUUUUUUUUUUAUUUCGAGAAAGGUUUUCUCGAGAUCGAAUUUCGAGAAUACCAAUGUUUUCCGAAGAGAAGAAUACGCUCUAAUUUGUAAUUUCGAAAGUAUUUUAUGAGAUCGAGAGAAAGAGCUUGUUUUGAAAAUAUUGUCAGAUUGUUAGGUGAUUAACUGCCUUAUCACGAUAAUAUAUAGAGCGCUGUACAAUUCGAGCGGCUUUUAUAAAUCUCAGAGUUUCGAGAGUAACUUUUACGAGGUAGCGUUUUUAUACCAUUGGAGAAGAGAAUUUUUUUUAAUCUACUUUAGUCCGCUUUGUAGACAACGCGUCGAUUUGCUCGCUAUGUUUGAGUAGUCUAGUAGUAAUAUAUUUGAUAAGCAUUUUUUCGUCACAAACACACAUGAUGUAUGUACGCGUACACCGAGAGUCGCCGAGAGAUCGCGGAGUCCGUCCCCUUUUCUACAAAUUCACAAGUGCGACUUUUUGAUAAGCUUUUUAUACAAGUGAAGAGAAUCAUGCAAAUAUACUUCCUGUUAAAAAUAGGAGAAUUAAAAAGAAUUGAUAUUAAUAUAUACAUCUCGUAAAAAGCGUAAAAGGUAACGAUCUUUAAAAUUGUUAUAUAUUUAGUUUAAUCCCUUUUAUAGAAGUGAGAGACGAAUUACUAAUUAAGGAACACGGAUUAUUAUUUGAAAUUAAAAUAUAUUGAGGUGAAUUUCUUUGUGCUUUAUAUUCGAAUUUAAUUGUAUAUUUCGUUAAAUGACUUAGAUAUUAAUUAGUAACAUCUCCCGAAAAUUUUAAACAUUUAAUUCUGCGAAUUUCUAUCAACUCGCUUAAUUCGCCUAGUCUUCACAGGAUUCUCAUGUUUAAUGUCGUGUAACAAGAUUGAUCGUAAAAUAAGAUUAGAAAAUCGCUAGUGAUUAGAUGAGUCAUGCCGAUACGAGCAUCAACGCUCGCUCAAUUAAUGUGUCGUUAACGAGGAAAUGCGAAAUGCCGUCGACAAUGUGCGUAGAAGAUGAACUGUCAAUCUUAACAAAGACAGACGUCUUAAUCACGAUUAUAUUGCGAGAAAGGAGAUUAAUUAUAUAAAUAAAUUAAAUAUGUGCAACUAUAUAGGAACGCACAAUUGAAUCUUACGAAGUGGCCUUUCAUAUUUAUUCUUAAAUGCGAUAAGAAACGAUUAUUUAUUACAUUCACAUGCUGAAAAGCCGAAAUAAUAUACGGAACGUUCCGGAGAAUAUACAGAAUUCGGAAUCUCGCGAUUUGAGAUAAAUAAAAGAAAAAUGGAAACUUCCUCGAAUUUCCAUGAACAAAGACAUGGAUUUUAAAUUCAAGGAUGUUGCUCGAUCUAUACCAUUUUUGUAUCAAUUUCAAACAUCCUAUUUUUUUAAUUCUGAAAAGAAAGAGGAAAACUAUUUUUUCAAAGUUUUGAAUGAGAUGUGAGAAAGUUGAUUAAAUAACAUUUUACAAGCCGUAUUAAUCAAAGAUUACUUGUAACGAUUCUAACAAGAGUGAUUCGUCAAGUACGUUGACUCUCUGGUGUUCGUAACGUAUACCAAAGAGUAACAUUGCGAUAAGCGUUUGAUAAAACUGACUCGACGUCUAACUCGGAAGAAUGCAUUUCGAACUAAUUGUAUGCAAUAGCCAUAAUUUAUGUAUGUACGUCCUAAACUGUAUUUUUGCAAGUGCAAUAAAUUGCGACGCUUAUACAAUUUAACA